GAUGGGUCCUUGUAUGGAAAAUGCUCAAUAUAUCUUACAAAACAAAGACUAGAUAUACAUACAAUCUGUGAUCUGAGAGUGUGUAUUAAACAUAGAGAUAGAUAGAGAGAGUGAAAGAUGGUGAAGUUCUCAAAGCAGUUUGAAGGGCAGCUUGUUCCUGAAUGGAAAGAUGCAUUUGUUGAUUACUGGCAGUUGAAAAAGGACCUGAAAAAAAUACAUCUACUCAAUGAAAAGAAUAUGGUCACAAAGCAGGAGAAACCUUCUUUGUCUUACACCAACCUCUUCUUCUCACGUUUCAGGAAUUUCUCCAUUUGUGGUCAUGAUCAUAGAGACCAUGAUGUUAUUCAGGUUCAUAAGAAGCUUGCAUCGUCGGCCAGCAAAGGCGAUGUAUACGAGACUGAACUGCUCGAGCAGUUUGCCGAUACAGACGCCACGAAGGAAUUUUUCGCGCGAUUGGAUCUCCAACUUAAUAAAGUGAAUCAGUUCUACAAGACCAAAGAGAAUGAAUUCAUGGAGAGAGGAGAGUCACUAAAGAAACAAAUGGACAUUCUCAUCGAACUCAAGACUGAGCUCAAGCAACAACGAUCUCAGUCCACUUCGCAGGAAUCGAAGGAGAAUCCCUCCAUCUCAUGCACAAUUUCAUGUGAGGAAGAAGACUCUGUUAAGGACACAACAGACAGAGAACAGCAGCGAGAGAACUCCAUAUCUGAGUUUGAAAGGAACGAAGUACAGUUCUCAGACUCCCCGAGGGCUGUCGAUGAAUCUGGGAAGCCGAAGAAAGAAGAGAGUAAGUUGAGGAGUCUUUCAAGCAAGACCUUCAACUGCCAAGGCAAGAACAUGAGAUUGAACAUCCCACUAACCACGCCGUCUCGGACCAUCUCAGCCAUCACUUACUUGGUCUGGGAGGAUUUAGUCAACCAAUCGAAGAAAUGCGGCACCGAAAGCGGUAAGCUCAACAUCAACAAAACCAAGCUGCACCAUGCUGAGAAAAUGAUCAGAGGAGCCUUCAUGGAGCUUUACAAAGGACUAGGCUACCUCAAAACAUACAGGAACUUGAACAUGCUAGCUUUUGUGAAGAUCUUGAAGAAAUUCGACAAGGUCACUGAAAAACAAGUUCUGCCCAUUUAUCUCAAAGUGGUAGAGAGCUCCUAUUUCAACAGCUCAGACAAGGUAUUUAAGUUGAUGGAUGAGGUUGAAGAACUGUUUGUAGAGCAUUUUGCUGAUGAUGACAAAAGAAAGGCUAUGAAAUACCUCAGGCCUUCUCAAAGAAAAGAAUCACAUGCAGUCACCUUCUUCAUUGGUCUAUUCACAGGAUGCUUCAUCGCUCUGUUCGCGGGUUACGUCAUCAUGGCCCACCUCUCUGGGUUGUACACCCGACAAUCGGAUAUCGUCUACAUGGAAACCGUCUAUCCUGUUUUGAGCAUGUUUAGCCUCUUGUUCCUGCAUCUGUUUCUAUAUGGGUGCAACAUAUUCAUGUGGAGAAAAGCUAGGAUAAAUUACAGCUUUAUAUUUGAACUGGCCCCCACAAAAGAGCUGAAAUACAGAGAUGUAUUCUUGAUAUGCACCACUUGCAUGACAGUGGUUGUAGGCGUGAUGUUUGUUCAUCUCUCCCUUGUUGCAAAAGGGCACUCUUCAACUGAAGUCCAUGCAAUCCCAGGCCUCUUGCUACUGUUCUUUCUAGUGUUGCUUGUGUGCCCUUUCAACAUACUCUACCGAUCAAGCCGCUAUCAUUUCCUCCGGGUGAUUAGGAAUAUCAUCCUGUCGCCUCUCUACAAGGUGGUCAUGGUCGACUUCUUCAUGGCUGAUCAACUCUGCAGUCAGGUGCCGAUGCUGCGGAACCUCGAAUACGUGGCAUGCUACUACAUCACUGGGAGCUACAAAACCCAAGAUUAUGGUUUUUGUAUGAGGACCAAGCACUACAGGGAUUUAGCUUAUGCUGUUUCCUUCCUACCUUACUACUGGAGAGCAAUGCAGUGUGCCCGAAGAUGGUUUGAUGAGGGGCAGACGAGCCAUCUCGUUAACCUUGGAAAGUAUGUGUCCGCCAUGCUGGCUGCCGGUGCCAAAGUGGCAUACGAGAAGGAGAAGGAAAACAGCAUUGGAUGGCUAUCUCUUGUUGUGGUCAUGUCGAGCGCUGCGACCGUUUACCAGUUGUACUGGGACUAUGUGAAGGAUUGGGGCCUGCUCCAAUUCCACUCAAAGAAUCCAUGGCUAAGGAACGAAUUGAUGCUGCGUCGGAAGGUCAUUUACUACUUCUCCAUGGGUUUGAACCUCGUUCUAAGGCUUGCAUGGCUACAGACUGUUCUUCACUCAAGCUUUGGAAGUGUGGAUUACAGAGUAAUUGGAUUUUUUUUAGCAGCUCUUGAAGUAAUUCGACGGGGGCAAUGGAAUUUUUACAGGUUGGAGAAUGAGCAUCUGAACAAUGCUGGAAAAUUCAGGGCUGUGAAGACUGUACCACUCCCUUUUCAUGAAGUGGACCAAGAUUGACAGACACCCUUAAUGGUAUCUUAUCACUUGAAGAAUACUCUAACGUGCCCAUCAACAACGCUCGGGCCGUGCCGAAUAUUUCAAAGGAGAAGCUUUUACUCAAACUACAAGUCCAAGCACCAACUCAACACUUGUAUCGAACUCCAUUGUGUUUCGGGUCACCUCUUGAAAAGGACCGAAACAUUCAUACAAAAUUCCUUCACAAGUCAAGGAGGAGAAGGCAGUUCAAUUGCUGCUUUUCUAUCAUUUUUUGUCUAUUCCAGUCGCCCUGUUACACUCUAUUUUAAUCCCAAUAAAUGUUAGUAUAAUUGCAUUGUGAGA